CAUUCUGGCCCAAGCCCCGACGCCGACACGCAGGGCUUCAUGAGAUGGCUGGCGUCCGGGCCAGGUGACCAAGUCGCACGCGGGCACCGCCUAUUGGCGCUGAUCGCUGAUGAACAAUUCUGAUUUCCAGAGGCUAUUAACGACCAAUGAUAGGGAGCUCGUGUCCGAGCUGACCAAGAGGAAAACAGGAGCCAAGAAGAAAGGCAAGGGAGGCGGCAAAGGCGGUGAAGAUGGUGAGAAGGGAAAAGGAAAGAAGGGAUCUGCCAAGGGCAAGGGCAAGGGCGAAACGAAGAAGGGCGAGAGGCCUACUGGAGGUCAGCCUGCAGGCCCUGUCAACGAGUAUAGAGAUCGUGCCGCGGAGCGCCGCGAGCAGAAAGGCGAGUACGAGACUAUAGCAAACGAGUUUGAGAAUCACGCGGAGGUCGCUGUGGAUCAAUCGAAGUACCUCGGAGGAGACUUAGAGCACACUCACCUCGUCAAGGGUCUGGACUUCGCCCUCCUGAGUAAGGUCCGAGGCGAGCUCACCAAGCAGCAGAAGGCCGACGAGGCGCAGCAGCAGCGUGCCGAGCGCAAGAAGCAGCAGCAGAAGAAGCGAGAGUUUGAGACAGGCAUGGCACGGCGAGUGUGGAACACCGUGGUUGAGACGCUGCACCCACACCAUUCCACAUUUAGAGAACGUGUUGGGAGAAUGGGUAAGGCAAUCUCGAUGGGACAGCGCAUACGUGGUGCUCCCACCACUUUUCUUGAGGGUCGGAUGAAUUAUGAAUUCGAUUUAGAUGCAAGCCAGAGCUCAACGGACAUACCUAGGAUCAUCUAUUUGAGCAAGGAAGACGCACCCAAAGUGGAUUUUUCGAAAAAGGUCGCCAGCGUCUUGCCUGGGACGGUCUCCAGGAUGCGCGACGCGCUACAGCGUGCCAGCGACAGAAAGAAGCAGGCAAAGAAGGACAAAACAGCCGGAGCCUCCGUUUCUUUCACAGUCGCGCAGAAGAUAGUCCCCAAGUACAAGGCGAAGGACAAGGACGACAUUUUCGGGGGAGUCGGGGGAUUCGACACGACCCAGGUUGUCAAGCCCGUCAAGGAGUCGAAACUCACAGAGUCACAAGCAUCUGAUAAGAAGCCAUCCUACUUCGACGAUGCAGGCUCCGAGAAGUUCCUGCAGGCUCCAGACGGGCAGAUCGAGUUGGACGACGUGGAGGUGGACGAUCGGGACGACGACGGCGCGGCCAAAGCGGUGGCCGAGCCCAAAGAGCUCGCCUUCGAGCCCUCGGAGUCCUUCAAGGGCGCCCGGCCCGGCUGGGUCUUCAAGCUGGGGGACAAGGGGCUGGGGUACUACUGCGAGGACCGCGGGGCGGCCGCCGGCAAGAGGCCCGCCCCGCGCGACAAGCGCCAGCCCGCGCGGCCGGCGAAGAAGGCCCCGGGGCAGAAGGGGAUGGGCGCGCCAGUCGCCGACGACGACGCGUACGGCGAGCUCUUCCCGAGCGCCAUGAUGGGGAACGCCGCGGUCGGCACGGGCGAGCAGGGGGAUAGCGACGCGGAGGACGAGAAGGAGGAGACGGAGAAGAAGAUCAAGAGGCUGCAGAAGCUCGCCCAGGCGGGGAAGAAGGGGGCCCCGGAGGGGGACAGCCUGUCUGCGAACCAGAAGGCCGAGGCCAAGAAGAGGAAGAUGUCGGAGCAGCAGGAGUGGCAGAAGAUCGACAAGAUCAUCAAGAAGGGGAACUUCAAGUCCGUGGAGGAGCUGGAGGCCUCCGCGAGCCGGCAGCGGCGCUCCGGGGCUCCCACGCCGCGGGAGAUCAUGGCGACGCCCGCGUUCUUCUGAGCGCCGGGCUGCCAUCGGCUGCCCUCGGCGGGAGCAGGGGAGUGAGCAGCAGGGGCAGGAGUGACGGGGAGUGGGAGGAUGGGAGGGGUGCUUGCUCGUCUUCUCCUCGUCCUCGCCCCCGCUCCCUGCAUUCCCUCUCCCUUCUUAGGGCGCCCACGUUCCUGACCGCCUCUCGCUGUCACCGGACUCGUGCGGAGCGCGCGGCAGCCGAGAAGGGCAACAGGAAAAGGGGGCAUGUGUUGCCACACCCGGGACGCGCAACAGUCAGAAAGGGAAGCGAACCACACAGGCAGUCGAGCGCGAAUCAGGU